AUCUAAAACUUGUAGGACACUGGCCCUGAAGAGUUGCCCACCCCUAACAUAAAGUGCAUUAUUAGAAAAUAAAAGUGUGACAGACAUUUGUAUUCAGCCACCCUCUCUCAGAUACCAUCUACCCCGCGUCAAAAUCUAGACCACCGCAUACCAAGGCAAGCUAUAAAAACGGAAACCACAGAUUUUUAAAUACGGCUAACAUCUGAAUCAAUGCACUGUGUAAAGACAGGACUCUUGUGCUGGUCUGCGAGUUUCUGGAUUUGUUUCAGCAUGCCGAAAAUCAGUUGCAUACUGACUUUCCUACUUGUCUCAGUUCCAGGUGCUUUGGGGGCUUGUUCGAGGAAUCCAGAACUGUUCAUCACCACACCAGAAAAACUGGAAGCACUGAGUGGAUCGUGUCUACAAAUGCCAUGCAACUUUUCUGCUAAGUCACAAGAAAACUUUGAUGGAAAAAUCUUUGGGGUGUGGUUAAAAAAUGAUCCUCUAUUUCAAAAGUUCCCAGAAAAUGUGGUUUUCAACAGCAGUGGAGCGACAAAUAUAUAUCAGCUGGAAAUUAUUGGAAACCUGAAGAAGAAAAACUGCACAACUCUGUUUAACAAUUUAACUGCCCAACACACAGAAAAAUACUUUUUUAGAAUUGAGAAUGGGCUUUUCAAGGCAUCAGCUUCCUGCAGUCCACUUCAAGUUACAGUCACAGAUUCUCCUUGGAGUCCCAGCAUUAACAUCUCUGGUGGUGAUCUGAAGGAGCAUCAGUCUGUCACUAUAACCUGCUCAGCUUUGACUCCCUGUCCACACUCACCUCCUGAACUCACCUGGAAUCUCCAACAAGACUCUCACAGACAAACAGAGAAAAACACAGAUGGAACCUUUACAACUAAAAUCCAGGAGAACAUCACUCUGUCAGACACACAUGAUGGAAACAACAUCAGAUGUUCUGCCAGAUAUCCUGUGAAUGGAGGAAACAAGACAGCAGAGACAGCAGUGACUCUCAGUGUUUCAUAUGCUCCUAGAAACACCUCAGCAUCCAUCAGUCCAUCAGGUUUGGUGUCAGCAGGUAGCUGGGUGGAGCUGAACUGCUCCAGCAGAGCCAAGCCUCCUGCCAGCUUCACCUGGUUCAGGAACAGCAAACAUGGAGGCAUUAAUAUAUCUGUGGGGCAGGUUUACAGGCUCCAAAUGACCAACCUGACAGAUAUAGAAAGUUAUUACUGUGUGGCAGCAAAUAUUCUCGGUAGUGAGCGAUCAACAUCGAAUCAUUUAAAAAAUCAAGACAUGGAAGCAAUUACAUUAUGGGGAGCUGUUGUUGGGGGACUUAUUGGGAUCAUCAUUGCGAUCUGUCUGGUUUUCAUCCUUUGGCGCCUAAAAUCAAAACGUUCAAAUUUACAUCAGACCCAGAAUUCAGGAUCCCAAGAGCCUGUCGGCAGUGUAGAAAAUCUGGACAGUCAUUAUGUAGACAUUGACUUUUCCAGGAUGAGAGCAUCCUUUAAAACCACACAAUGUGAGACAGAGCAGCAGAAUGUUGUGUAUGCACAAGUGAAAGUGUGCAGGACUGAAAACAUGCCAAUACAGACUGAGGAUGGUACUUUUGCUCAAGUGAAGAAGAAAGAAGUGAACCUACAUUCCACUUAGUGGAAAUCUGGGUCAUUCUCCAGUUGGAGGACCCAUUUGUGCCUCGGCAUUAACUUCCUAGUUGAUGUCUUGAUGUUUUCCUUCAAUAUUUCAGCAAAAUGUUCCUUUUUGUGAAGUGCACCAGUCCCUCCUGCAGCAAAACACCUACACAACAUGAUGCUGCCACCCACGUACUCCACUGUUUGGAUGGUGCUCUCGGGUUUGCAAAACCUCUUUUUACCUCCUAAUUAGAUGUCACUAUGGCCAAACACUUCCAUUUUAGUUUUAUCAGACCUCUGUCUUUUUACACAAUAUAUGUCAGUGUGUGGUUUCAACUGUGUAUGGGUGAUACAGUCCCACUCCUAACAAAUGAUACUCCUAUCACCUACCUCAGGGAAAGAGGUGUGAAGAAGAUUAUAGGGGAGUUAAAGAGUUCAACUUUGACCACAAAAGAGUGACUUCAUCAUGCUUGCAGUAAAAAGGGUAUCAGUAUAGUUUACAAGGGGAUUAAGACUGACUGCUUUAUUAAUACUCAGCAUAUCAUUUAUAUCUAUAAAGGCAGGAAAAAAGAAACCAAUUGACAUGACAAAUUUUUGCUUUAAUAACAUAACUUUAAAACAGAUACUGUAUUAAAAGCUUUUUUUUUGUGAUUGAUGCAAAAUAUCAACUGUUUUAUUAACACUUUUAUCUUAUCGAUUUAUCUAUUGAUUGGUGUUUGAGUGUGGUAAUCUUGCUGCUUCAAAGCAAAAUACCCGCUUCAUAUAAAAUGAGAUGAUCAUUUGACAAAUUGUUUUGUAUUUACCUUAGAAUACAUUUAUUCUUUUUUACACUUACAGUUGACAAUAUCCUAUGGCAUAAAACUAAUCAAAUUAAAAAUUAGUUGUUAAAGUAGUCAACAUAAAUGUUAAAUAUGAUAAAUACUAUGGAAACUAUUUUAUUGGUUAAUUGUACAAAAUUGUGUCUCACAAUAAAAGUAAGAACAAA